UGGAUAGAUAAUAUAAGUGAACUUUAUCAUUCACUUUAUAAUCAAUUAGAAACAUUUUGUUGAUACAAUUAGUCCUAGUAUAUGAAGGUUCUGAGAAUAUGGCGACAAUGAAUGUAAUAAUGGAAGAACUACAAAGUAUCUGUUUUGAUAAAAUAUGGAAGAAUAUUUUGGAGAAGUAAAAUAAUGGCAAACAGGUGAAGGAUAAUAAAAUGAUUGAAAAAAGAUAGAUAACUUGUUUGUCAAUUGCAAAAAUAACGGUGAUGAAGAUGUUAUACAUCAAUUUUAGAAAUGUAAUAUAUGAUUAAGAUAAUAUAUUUAGUCAAAAAUUAGAAUGUGCUAGAUAACUGUGACUCUUGGGAAGUAUGCUUUUAAAUCUUUUUUAAUCAGAUGACCUUUCUCAUAAGGAUCAUGAUUUUAAAGUUAUUGAAUUACCUACAUUUAUAGAAAGUAUGCAAAGAAUAUAUAAAAAAAUCUAUAUUAGAUACAGGAUCUAUUUUAAUAUAGACUUAGUAUCAUAUACACUCAUUGCAGAUUAUGAUGACUCUCUAC